ACCCAGCACCUUGCAUAUUCUAGGCCAGCGCUCUAGCGCUGAGCCACAGCCCCAGACCCUAAACUAACUUUUUUUAUACAACAAGUGAGAAGAUACAGAUGGCAGGAAGAGUUUGAUAAUGGUUGAAAAAAAAUACCUUUAGGCAGUCAUUCUUUUUGAAAUGGAUAAAAAGUUACAUUUCAGAGACAGAAAUGGAGACAGACUCCCCUCUUCACAGCCAAAGACAAAGCAGAGUAUUGGGGUGCAGAACCCAUCACAGAGACACUCAGGAGACCUGGAGAGAGGACCAAUCCCAGCAGAAGAGAGAAUUCCAAGGGCAAGAAAGAGGAGGGCAGAGGGCUGGGAAGAGUAAGAGACCAAGAGAGGAGAGAGAGACCCAGAGASGGUCGGCAGGCUGUUUCCCGGUUCCUCCUCUUUGAACACUCAUCCCUGUUACCCUUCAGGGCCUGGAAAUUACACAGCGUCCUCUUCUCAGAGAGUGGAUUGUGCCUGGAUGGGGGGAGUGUGAAGAGGUCAGAGAGGUGACGGGAAUGGUACGUCAUUCAGACUGGGAAGUGGCCCUUUCCCCACCUCCAGUAAACAACUGGAGCCGCCCUCUGUGUUGCCUUGGCUGCCWUGGGACAGAGAGGGGAACACCCUAAUCCGGGGACACCCUUCCUGCCACCUUGCCAUGCUAUAUUUAGGCUGAGGGAGGGGUGCCUGAUGACCCCCCCCCCCAGGCAGGUGUCGGCUUUCUUUCUAAAAAUAGCUCAGAGGAGGGGAGCAGAGUCCCAGGAUGGAGGUGUGGUAGGGUGAAGGCCCUGCCACCCAUAGGGCCGUCCCGGACUCUCUAGCUCCUAUCUCAUCUCUUAAGGGCUCUCUCCGAGGCCCUGUCCCUCCCCGGUUCCCUCCCCUUCUGUUGGGAUGUCUGCCCCUCUGUCUUCUCUGCCCAGGUCUUUGUUCCCCAUCCCUCGCCCUAGGUCUUUGCCCGCCUCUUUGCCUUAGUCUCCGUCCUUUUCCCUCUAUUUCUAUGGCUUCUCCUCCCCUCUGCAUCUGAAUCAUUUCAGUUUCUCUAGACAGGUCACCCUGUUCUAAAAACAUUUUUGUCCCCAAGUCCUUUAAUACCUCGAAUUUUUCUUGACUGAGCUCAGGACAAGACCCUCUCCCCAGUCCCCACCCAGGAAAUUCCAGGAGACAGGACUCUGUAGGAGAGCCCCCCACGUCCACUGUCUCUGAGGCGUCGGGCCUUAUCGCUGCCCAAGCCCAGCUGGUUAAUGUCUGGCGGGGAGCUCCUGGGAAAGUGGGGAUGAGAGCAGAGGGUGGGAAUCUGUCCCCAGAUUGACACCGAAUUGGCAAAAGACUGCAAAGGAUCUCAGGCCCAUCUCCUGGGUGUGAGGGAGGAGGGCUGGGGCCUGGACCACUGGAUCUGAGGGGGGAGGGGCUGGAGGGCCGGUACCCCUGGAUCUGAGCGGGGAGGGGCUGGAGGGCCGGUACCCCUGGAUCUGAGCGGGGAGGGGCUGGAGGGCCGGUACCCCUGGAUCUGAGGGAGGGCCUGAAAGAGGAGGGCCUGGACCCUGGAUCCGAGGGAGGAGAACCGGGUCUAGACACACGAAUCUGAGGGAGGAAGGCUGGGAUCCAGGACCCUUGGUCUGAGGGAGGAGGGCUGGGGUUGGUACCCCGGGGUCUGGAGCGGGGGCGGGGGCCUGGUCUCCCGGGUCUGAGGGGGGAGGGGCUGGGCCCCGACUCCUGGGACCGCGGUGCGGGGGCUGCGCGAGCCAGGCCGGGCUUCCGAGGUCCCGGCACGCGCGUGCAAGGCGGGAUCCCCCGCCCCUCCUCCGCCGUCGGGCGCCGCCCCGCCCCCGCCCCCGACCCAGGCCCUCCCGAGCGCGAGCCGCGCGGAGCCSGCGGCCAGCGGGCGUCCCUGCAGCCAGCGAGCCGGAGGAGGAGCCGCCGCCGCGCCAGGGGCAGCCGGGGAGCAGAGGAGGGCGCCCCAGGUGGUUGCCCCCUCCCUCUCCUGAGAUGUCAGGAAGGAGGGGGCCACCUGUGUCCUCCACAGGGUCCCCCAGCCCCGGAGCUUCAAGGUGGAGGAGGUGUUGACAGGUCUGGCAAACACCUGCUGCUUCCCAGAUUUCUCCAGGCUUCCAGAAUGUUGUAGACAAACAGCUAUAACCACACCCCACCAGCCUCUCCCAGCCCAGGGUGCCCGAGAGAUGCUCCCCCACCCCUCCUACUCCCUCCCCAUCCUCCUGCUCUUCUUCCUCCCCAGUGUCCCAGCGGAGCUCCACCCUCCACCCUCAACACUGCCCCCAUUUCUGGCCCCUGAGUGGGACCUUCUGUCUCCCCGAGUAGCCCUGUCCAGGGUUGCCCCUGCUGGACCCCCUCUGCUCUUCCUACUGGAGGCUGGGGCCUUUGGGGAGCCAGCGGGUGCCCCAGCCAACCGCAGUCGGCGUGGGGUGAGUGAGAAGGCACCAGCAAGUCGCCGGGGUGAGCUGGCUGUUUGUGACGCAGUGAGUGGCUGGGUGACAGACCGUCGGACAGCUGUGGACUUACGUGGGCGAGAGGUGGAGGUGCUAGGUGAGGUGCCUGCAGCUGGUGGCAGCCCCCUCCGGCAGUACUUCUUCGAGACACGUUGCAAGGCUGAUGGUGCUGGGGAAGAUGGUCCUGGUGCAGGUGGAGGAAGCUGCCGGGGCGUGGACCGGAAGCACUGGGUGUCCGAGUGCAAGGCCAAGCAGUCUUAUGUGCGAGCAUUGACUUCUGAUGCCCAGGGCCGUGUGGGCUGGCGAUGGAUAAGAAUUGACACUGCCUGCGUCUGCACACUACUCAGCCGGAAUGGCCGGGCAUAAGGCCCAUGCCCAGGAACUGAUCAGGCAAAGAAGAGAUCUGGAUGCUCAGGGACUUCAAGGAUGGCCUGGCUGCUCUAAGGGCCUCAGUUUGGGAACUUAAGUGAUCACAAAAUCAAAGCUCUCUAAUUUUAAGAUCUCAAUCCAUGCAGGAUGUACAACUAAAGCAAAUGGGGUUUCAAAGGAUAAAUAGGAGUUCUCUUGAAGGAGCUUGAAGGGUAAUCAUGGAAAUAACAAUAAUAGCCAAUAUUUACUGAGUGCUUACUGUUUAAUCAGCCCCAAUACAUUACUGCUCAGAUUGGUUCUCAUG